UGUAUUAUUUUGUGUUUAAAUUUAAGUCGUUAGUUGUAUUUGUAUUUAACUUACCUUAUUUAAGCAAGCCACUUUGUCAUACAUUUUAUGUUCAGUUCAUUACAAUGGAAGGAAGCGGCGUCGCGGCGUUCAUCUUUUUUUACAGUCUAUGAUAGAUCCAUAUCGAUGUGUUGCUACACCACUACUGCACAUGUGUUGUAUCUUAUGAACAGAAUGUGAUCUAUUUGUGUAUAUGUUUUAUAGUGUCAAUCAUGGGGGAAAGAUCAGGAUUACACCAGGGCUACGAAAAUAUGCCUGUUAUCUCACACUGGAUCCAAACACAGCACACACGUAUCUCAUACUGUCUGAGAACAACAGAAUGGUGAAAUAUGUGAGAGAAGAACAGGACUACCCUUAUAACCCAGAAAGAUUCGAUUCAAAGCCUCAGGUGUUGUGUAGAGAGAGCCUGACUGGACGCUGUUACUGGGAGGCUAAAUGGAGCGGAGAGGCCGAUAUAUCCGUGGCUUACAAGGGAAUCAAUAGGAAAGGAGAGAGUGACAGUGAGUUUGGACACAAUGCUGAGUCCUGGAGUCUACAAUGUUCUGAUGACAGAUUUGUUGUCUGGCACAAUAAUGAGAAAAAUGCAAUUCCUGUCCGUUCAAACUCCAUUGACAGAGUAGGAGUUCAUCUGGAUUGGCCGGCGGGAAUAUUGUCCUUCUACGGCAUCUCUGACACACAAACCCUAACACACUUCCACACAUUCAACACUACAUUCACAGAACCUCUAUAUGCUGGAAUUGGGCUUUAUCAUCUCACCUCAGUGUCACUUUUGUGAGGGACUUUCGAAUGUGCAUACUUUUCACUUAUACACAACUUUGAUUCCCAUCACCUUUUAAAGGUCCCAAAUAUGGCCCAAUCCCAUUUCUCUGUCUUACCCCUACCCCUUAGUUUUGCAUGUUCACGUGAGAGUAAGAACCAAUCGGGAUAGCCCUUUCGCUCUAUGUUUUACGGUCCAAUUGCAGCAUAUGUGUACUCUACAAAACUUUCUACAAAAGUGUCAUUUCCAAGAUGAUGACAGAUGUUUAAGCAAACUCUUUUUUUUUUAAUGGCACAGGAAUGUGCGACAACGCAAUAUUAUGACAACUAUGUUUAUCUUUGGAAUAAUUGGUUGUGCAUUAAUAAGUGUACACAGUGGCACUUUGUGUUACUGUAUCAAAUGACACCGCAUGUUGUUUGCUUACUCAUAAGGUCUCUCCUGGGAAACCACUUAGCUAAUUUCUUUGUUUAGAUUGUUGAUUCAUUUCCUCAUAUUUCCUCCAGAGCAACGUAAAUGGAUGAAAACGUACGUUCAAUGCAUCUGUCACUUUCGUUUUAACUUUAUGUACGUUGCAUAUAUCUUUGUAUCCUUGUGUUGUAUAUAUGUUCU